AUGGCACUGUAUGUGCUCGCCACACUUCCCGAUAUUGGAGCUCCGGGAUAUUCCUGUGAUGUUGACUUGAUGAAGAAGAGUAAGAAGGUCCCGACCAAUGUGAACUCUGUAAGACCAGCAGAUAUCAAAGUGAUCAUGGCUCUUGGAGAUUCAUUAACUGCAGCCAAUGGAGCUGGUGCCGAGGACCCUGUGGCAGUUGUUCUUCAAUAUCGAGGUCUUGCAUUCCAAGCCGGAGGCGAUAAGUCACUCGACGAGCACGUCACUAUUCCAAAUAUUCUCAAAAAGUACAACCCGGACAUCUUUGGAUACUCUAAUGGAAUUGGCUCGCCGAAUGUUUGGGAAAUUGCUCGCCUCAACGUCGCCAUGCCCGGCGCCAACGCAAAGGACCUUCCGGGACAGGCUCGACAAUUAGUGUCACUGCUUCAACAGCACACUGAGGUGGUAAAUAUGAAGGAAGACUGGAAACUGUUGAACAUUUUUAUUGGUGGAAAUGACAUCUGUGGUUACUGUAGGAAGCCAGUGGAGGACUCCCCAUACAACUGCGCUCAGAAUAUCAGUCAAGCCGUCCAAAUCAUAUAUGACAACGUGCCCCGAGUGAUCGUAUCUGUCACUGGAAUGUUGCAUCUCGAAAUGCUACGUCAAACUGAUACCGGUCACUGGUUCUGCCAACGUUUGCACCACGAUGAGUGCGGGUGCGAGAGCAACAAGAACUUCACUGAUGCGGACAUUCGACAGGCUUGCUACGACUAUAACAAGUACGAGAAAGCUUUCGAAACUGCAGGAACUUUCGAGAAGGACGAUUUCACCUAUGUUGUGCAACCAAUGUUCCAAGAUACUCUUAUCCCACCAAUGGAGAACGGCAAACCAACACAAAAGUUUUUUGCCCCUGACUGCUUCCACUUCUCCCAAUGGGGACACGGUCUUGUGAGCACCUACCUCUGGAACAAUAUCCUUCAGCCUGUUGGAUCCAAGUCUACAGUAUCCAACAUGUCGGUUCCUCUCCUGCCAUUGGCUUGCCCAGAUCCGGCUUGCCCCUUCAUCAGAACCCCAAAGAACAGUCAAGAUUGCAGCAAUUAUAUGACCCCUCAUGCGUAA